UGGAGCUUCAGUUCCGGUUUAUAUCAUCUGAAAAUGAGGGCAAUGGUAGAGAAGAAGAAUGGAGGAGAAGCCUAUAAAUUUCAAGAAUCUCGUCUCUAGAGAGUACCAAGGCCACAAGAAGAAGGUACAUUCUGUGGCGUGGAACAUCACUGGCACAAAGCUCGCUUCUGGUUCCAUUGAUCACACUGCUCGCGUUUGGAACAUUGAUCCCCAUGGCCAUGGAAAAGUUAAAGAUAUUGAAUUGAAAGGGCACACAGACAGUGUUGAUCAGCUGUGUUGGGAUCCUAAGCAUGCUGAUUUAGUUGCAACUGCAGCUGGGGACAAGACUGUUCGUCUUUGGGAUGCUCGUACUGGAAGGUGCUCUCAACAAGCUGAGCUUAGUGGAGAAAACAUCAAUAUCACAUACAACCCAGAUGGGACACACUUGGCUGUUGGAAACAAGGAGGAUGAACUAACUAUACUGGAUGUGCGUAAGUUCAAACCAAUACAUAGACGCAAAUUUAAUUAUGAGAUAAAUGAGAUAGCUUGGAACAUUACUGGAGACCUAUUUUUUAUCACCACAGGGAAUGGUACUGUGGAAGUACAGUCUUAUCCAUCACUUAAUGUGCUUCAUACUUUAAUGGCUCAUACAGCGGGUUGCUACUGUAUUGCUAUGGAUCCCACUGGAAGAUUUUUUGCUGUCGGCAGUGCUGAUUCUCUGGUCAGCCUUUGGGAUAUAAAGGAGAUGCUGUGCGUUCGGACAUUCACAAAACUUGAAUGGCCUGUUAGAACAGUGAGCUUCAAUUACACUGGAGAGUAUCUUGCGUCAGCGAGUGAAGACACCUUCGUUGAAAUUACCAACGUGCAGACCGGUCGAACAGCUCAUCAGAUUGCAUGCAAAUCUCCUAUGAAUAGCGUGGAGUGGAAUCCAAAAUAUAACUUGCUCGCUUAUGCUGGUGAUGACAAGAAUAAGUAUCAGAAUGACGAAGGAGUAUUUCGAAUAUUCGGUUUCGAGAGCAGCUAAUAUGAUACCAGACAUCACAUAACGCUGCAGAGUAAGGAAGCUGCUCUCUUUUGUCAAAUGAACAGAUUCGUCAAACUGCUUGAAUAUGAAUGCUCUUUUCUUU